GCGCUGCAGCCCCCCACAUGAGAUGCGACUGAGCUGCAGAAGAGGAAAGAAUCAGCUCUCAUCCGCAGAGCCAACAAGAGAGCGAUGGCGACGACUGAUGCAAACUGUUAAAUAGUGUUCAAGUCGUUCAACUAGCUACCUCAUUGAGCGUAUGGUUAACGUCUCUGCGGCGUGGAAAAAAACACUACAAGUGUUGGUCGCUGCUCUAAGACGUCCAGCAAACACCCAGCAAGCAACUGUGACCCGGGUCUCAUCAGGAAGAAGUAAAGCUAUCCGGCUUUAUGGCUGAGCCGGAGCUUCUGCUGGACUCCAAUAUUCGACUUUGGGUGGUGUUGCCCAUUGUCUUUAUCACCUUUCUCGUCGGGGUGAUUCGGCAUUAUGUCUCCAUCCUGCUUCAGAGUGAUAAGAAGUUGACGUUAGAACAGGUUUCUGACAGCCAGGUUCUUAUUCGGAGCAGGAUUCUAAGAGAGAAUGGAAAAUACAUCCCAAAACAGUCAUUUUUGAUGAGGAAGUUCUACUUCAAUAACCAAGACGAUGGAUUUUUCAAGAAAACCAAAAGAAAGGUUGUUCCACCCUCUCCAAUGACAGAUCCCAGCAUGCUGACAGACAUGAUGAAAGGAAAUGUCACCAAUGUGCUUCCCAUGAUCCUCAUUGGAGGCUGGAUCAACUGGACCUUUUCAGGAUUUGUAACAACAAAGGUUCCCUUCCCGCUCACUCUGCGCUUCAAGCCCAUGCUGCAGCAAGGAAUAGAGCUGCUCUCCCUCGAUGCCUCCUGGGUGAGCUCAGCAUCAUGGUAUUUCCUGAACGUGUUUGGACUACGAAGCAUGUACUCAUUAAUUCUUGGCCAAGAUAAUGGUGCGGAUCAGUCGAGGAUCAUGCAGGAGCAGAUGAGUGGUGCUGCCAUGGCUAUGCCUGCAGACACAAAUAAAGCUUUCAAGGCUGAGUGGGAGGCACUGGAGCUGACCGACCAUCAGUGGGCGCUGGAGAGUGUCGAGGAGGAUCUGAUGAGCAGAGAGCUGGACUUUGAUGGCAUGUUUAGCAAGGAGCUGCCAAGCGGCAUCUUCUGAUGCUCUGGUCACUUCUACUUAGAGCCUUCUGUUUGAAUUGUGAUCAUCGGUGGGAUUUGUUUUCAAUCAAAGCAACAGAGUUGGAGAAAAUCCCUUCAUGUUAUGCAAAGUUUACAUUCCCUUAUUUGUGGUCCUUGUUUUUUUCACGUCCAUUCCUGAAAUAUCCUGAAUGACCUAAAGUACACUGGUUCUGUGCUGACUGAUGAAUACUAGAAAUCAUUGCUUUUGUUAUUUCACUUUUAGAAGGAGGAAAUGUUUGGAAGAUAUAAAAUGUCUUUUUGCUUAUUGAAUUACAUUAUUAGAUUGCGACUGUAUGCCAUCAUCAUGCCAUUAGGAAUUAGAAUGUGAACUAUUCAGUGCAUAUUUUACUUUUAUCAUGCACAGCUAGACUAGCCAACCUAAUUUUCAUAGGUAUGAUUAUGUUGUUGUUUUUUAAAAAUUGGGCACUACAGCAUUUCACAGGUCUGAAUGAUGUUUAUUUAACUUUAGUGUAAAUCUUAACUGGCUUCUCUUUUAGAUCAUACUAGAUGAGCUGUUUUGAGAGAAAGUGUUUGUGUGAUUGAAAUAUUAUGUUUUAAAGUUUGUAGAUGGCUUAUUUUGUUAUGCAACUCCCUUGUGUUUUGUACAGCAUAAAGCCUGUUUUGACUAAA